GGCGCGCUUACGGGAUAGGGAAAGAGCUAGCUAUCAGUUGAGUUAGUCGACUAGAUUUGAGUACCCGGUUUUGCACCAAACAACACGUGCGCGUGUACCUAAAAGAAGAGGAAAGUGGAAAACCAAGCGCCUACCGAAAGGAAAACUCAACAAAUAAGAUACGUCACAGUCCUCGAGGACAGCUAAAAUAGCCGUAGAGCGGAAUCAAAAGUACAGGACAUCGAGCAGCCAGAAGUAGCCGAGAGAGCCGCAUCCGUCAACCUCAUGCAAUAACACUGCCAUUCAAAACAGUCAUGGUGAAAGCAUAUGAUGGGGCGCUGAUACUCGCAGACCUAUUGGUGUUGCUGCUAAAGGUGGUCUACUAUGCAAUUGAGGGUUUCUAUCGAUUCUUCUUCCCAGUGGACGAGAAGAGCGUGGCCGGUGAGAUCGUAUUGGUUACUGGAGCGGGUCAUGGCAUUGGAAAGGAGUUGGCCUUAAAGUACGCCUCCUUGGGGGCCACGGUCGUCUGUUGGGAUAUCAAUGACGUUAGCAAUGAGGAGACCGUUACCGAGAUCAAGAAAAUGGGUGGCGCUGCCGCUCAUGGAUACAAGUGUGACGUGUCUAACAGAGACGAAGUGAUGCGAGUAGCAGACAAAGUGAAAAAAGAAGUAGGCACUGUAACUAUUCUCCUUAACAAUGCUGGAAUCAUGCCAUGUCGGCCUUUCUUGGAAUAUACUCCCCAGGAGAUUCAGAAAAUGUUCGACAUUAAUGUGAUGGCUCAUUUCUGGAUGCUACAAGCCUUUUUGCCAGAUAUGUUAGCGAAAAAUCACGGACACAUUGUAGCUUUGUCGUCGAUGGCUGGGGUCAUCGGGUUAACCAAUUUGGUGCCUUAUUGCGCAACAAAGUUUGCUGUAAGAGGAAUGAUGGAAGCAAUCAGCGAAGAACUAAGAAUUUCUUCAUCUUGUGGAGGAACGAAUUCUAAUAUAAAGUUUACUACAAUCUAUCCCUAUAUGGUAGACACCGGACUUUGCAAGAAACCAAAGAUUAAGUUUCCGAGCCUCAUGGCUGUGGUUCCGCCGCAGGAGGCAGCAGCACACAUAGUUAUGGCACAGCGAAGAAAUAUACCAGAAAUGUCGAUUCCCAGCCACUGGUUGGGCAUCAACUAUUUGUUAAGAAAUUUUCCGGAUAAAGUGCCACGAUCAGUCAAGGAUUUCUUGGACAGUGGAGUGGCUGCUGACGACUGAACGAUUGAACGUUUCGUAGCAUGCGAAAUAUUUGUUGUCAGUUGACGGAAAAUGCAAAAAACAACAG